GGGACCUGCGACUGGACGCGACGGGCCGCCACCGGCCCGCACCACCCGGCCGCCACGAUGUGCGACUGCUUCCACAUGGUGCUGCCCACCUGGCCCGGAGCCCCCGGCAGCGUGUCUGGCCGGCAGCUGCAGCCUGAGGAGCCAGAUGCAGAAACUGAGGAGGACCGCUCUGUGACUGAAGGGCCUGUGGAUGAGAUCAUUCGGCCCCGGCCACAGGGGUCCUCACCUGUCUAUGAAUGUGUGACUGAGGGUGCCAGCUUCAGACUCCCGGAAGACACGCCGAGGAGGCCAUCAGGGAGGCGGAGGUCCUGGUGGACGCGGGAUUCAGGGGACUCCCGGAUGCUUUCCAAGAUGCGCCAUCCUGAGUCCACGCAGGACGAGACAGAGGUGACGCUGAAGACCGAGGCGGAGGCCGGAGCCAGUGGCUACAGUGUCACAGGCGGCGGGGACCAGGGGAUCUUUAUCAAACAAGUGCUGAAGGACUCCUCAGCUGCUAAGCUCUUCAGCCUGAGAGAAGGGGACCAGUUGCUCAGCACAACCAUAUUCUUUGACAACAUUAAAUAUGAAGACGCUCUCAAAAUCCUUCAGUACUCGGAGCCCUACAAGGUUCAGUUCAAAAUCAAACGGAAACUUCCUGCCGCAGAAGACGAGGAGUGGGCUGCCGGCGAGGCUGAGCAUGGCCCAAAGGGCAGUGAGAAGCAGGACCAGGAUGUCGCUGAUGGGUGCACAGAGACCCCCACAAAGAUGCUGGAAGGAGAUGGGGACCAGGAGAGACUCAUCUCCAAGGCCAGGGAGGACAGAGGCAGACGACCCCAGAGGGAGAGGCUCUCCUGGCCCAAGUUCCAAUCUAUAAAGACCAAGCGCAGGCCGGGGCCCCGGAGGUCACACAGCUCCUCGGAGGCCUACGAGCGAGGGGACGUGCCUGACGUGUCCCCCACGAGCACAGACACGGAGGCCCAGCUCCCGGGAGAGGAGCGUGAGCGGAGGGCGGGACCAGGCAGCCAGCGGAAGACAAGGUUCCUGAGCCUGAGGUUCAGGAUGGGCUCAGGGAAGGCUGCGGGUCUAGAAGGCAGGGGGGCCCCAGGGGGAACAGUCCAAGCCGGCGUUCUGGAGGAAGCAGUACCUGGCGAGGAGGGGCAGGGGGCCGCCGUGGUGGCCGCGGACAGCAGGAGAAAAGACAGCAUGGCAGGAGUGCAGGAGGAGGCAGAGCCUCCCACAGAGCCCGGCCUGUCCCUGGAGGGCACCCUGGGGGAGGGGGCAGGCCUGGCACCCAGAAGCCGCAAAAAGAAAAAGGAGGCCAAGGUCCAGGAGGAGACAGUGCCCCAAAGGACAUCAGGGGUGGGCGCAGCCCCAGGAUGCAGGGAGGAGGGCCCCAGGGAGGGCGGGCAGGGGCUAGAAAUUGGAAUUGCCAGGUUGUCUCUGCAGGAGCCCAGGGACCAAGACAGCCAAGAUGGCCGGGAACCCGAAUUCCAGAUUAGAAUACCUAAAUUAAAGACACCCAAGUUCACAUUUCCGAAAGGAAAAGCGCUGGGGGCAAAAGGAGCUGGAACUGCUCUCCAUCUGGAAGACAGGCAGGGAGGGUACCCCGGAGAGGACUUGGGGACCAAGGAGGAUGGAGGAGGGGAAACAGAUGCUCAGGGAAGACCUGCUCUGGUCCAGAAGCCAGACCAGGAGGACAGAGGAACACAGGAAUAUGCGACCGAGAAGAGGGUGGAGGACACCAAGGGACGGGACAGGGACGUGGGAGGAAGGGAAGGAAAGACGAAGAUGCUGAAGUUCAAACUACCCUCAUUUGGGUGGUCGCCAGGGAAGGAGCAGAAAGGGGAUGCAGUGAAACAGCCCCAGGAGACAGAGAAGGAAGAGAACAUGUUACUAAGUCUGCAAACAGACAUAUGUCAAGAAGACGGAGGAAUCAGGAGCAGAAGAGAAAAAGAAAUGGAACUUCCAGAACAAAAACUACCACAGAAAGAAACAAUUGAGACAAAAGAGGAACUGGCGGCGGGCAUCGGACUGAAGGGCCACCUGCCCAAGGUACACAUGCCCGGCAUCAAGGUGCCCAAGGUGGACCUCAACGCCCCGCAUGUGGACAUCAAGGGGCCCAAGUUGGAGGUGAAGGGCGCCAAGGGCGAGGUGACGGCCCCCGACCUAGAGGUGUCCCUGCCCAGCGUGGAGGUGGACACCCAGGCACCGGGCGCAAAGCUGGAGGGGGUCCUGGCCCUGGGUGACAAGGAGGUGGCCGCCAAGGAGAACAAGUUCAAAAUGCCCGAGUUCAAGAUUCCAUCGUUCGGCGUGUCGGCGCCAGGCAAGUCCAUCGAGACCGCGGUGGACGUGUCCCUGCCCAAGGCCCAGGCGGACGUGUCCCUGCCGUCCGUGCAGGCCGACGUGAAGACCAGUGACCUCAGCAUUGAGCUGCCGCCCGCCGAGCUGGACGUCAAGGCCGCCGAGGCGGCGGUUAAGCUCCCCGAAGGCCACCUGCCCGAGGUGGAGCUCAAGGAACCGGCGGCGGGCAUCGGACUGAAGGGCCACCUGCCCAAGGUGCACGUGCCCGGCAUCAAGGUGCCCAAGGUGGACCUCAAGGCCCCGCAGGUGGACAUCAAGGGGCCCAAGUUGGAGGUGAAGGGCGCCAAGGGCGAGGUGACGGCCCCCGACCUAGAGGUGUCCCUGCCCAGCGUGGAGGUGGACACCCAGGCACCGGGCGCCAAGCUGGAGGGCGUCCUGGCCCUGGGUGACAAGGAGGUGGGCGCCAAAGACAGCAAGUUCAAAAUGCCCAAGUUCAAGAUGCCAUCGUUCGGCGUGUCGGCGCCAGGCAAGUCCAUCGAGGCCGCGGUGGACGUGUCCCUGCCCAAGGCCCAGGCGGACGUGUCCCUGCCGUCCGUGCAGGCCGACGUGAAGACCAGUGACCUCAGCAUUGAGCUGCCGCCCGCCGAGCUGGACGUCAAGGCCGCCGAGGCGGCGGUUAAGCUCCCCGAAGGCCACCUGCCCGAGGUGGAGCUCAAGGAACCGGCGGCGGGCAUCGGACUGAAGGGCCACCUGCCCAAGGUGCACGUGCCCGGCAUCAAGGUGCCCAAGGUGGACCUCAAGGCCCCGCAGGUGGACAUCAAGGGGCCCAAGUUGGAGGUGAAGGGCGCCAAGGGCGAGGUGACGGCCCCCGACCUAGAGGUGUCCCUGCCCAGCGUGGAGGUGGACACCCAGGCACCGGGCGCCAAGCUGGAGGGCGUCCUGGCCCUGGGUGACAAGGAGGUGGGCGCCAAAGACAGCAAGUUCAAAAUGCCCAAGUUCAAGAUGCCAUCGUUCGGCGUGUCGGCGCCAGGCAAGUCCAUCGAGGCCGCGGUGGACGUGUCCCUGCCCAAGGCCCAGGCGGACGUGUCCCUGCCGUCCGUGCAGGCCGACGUGAAGACCAGUGACCUCAGCAUUGAGCUGCCGCCCGCCGAGCUGGACGUCAAGGCCGCCGAGGCGGCGGUUAAGCUCCCCGAAGGCCACCUGCCCGAGGUGGAGCUCAAGGAACCGGCGGCGGGCAUCGGACUGAAGGGCCACCUGCCCAAGGUGCACGUGCCCGGCAUCAAGGUGCCCAAGGUGGACCUCAAGGCCCCGCAGGUGGACAUCAAGGGGCCCAAGUUGGAGGUGAAGGGCGCCAAGGGCGAGGUGACGGCCCCCGACCUAGAGGUGUCCCUGCCCAGCGUGGAGGUGGACACCCAGGCACCGGGCGCCAAGCUGGAGGGCGUCCUGGCCCUGGGUGACAAGGAGGUGGGCGCCAAAGACAGCAAGUUCAAAAUGCCCAAGUUCAAGAUGCCAUCGUUCGGCGUGUCGGCGCCAGGCAAGUCCAUCGAGGCCGCGGUGGACGUGUCCCUGCCCAAGGCCCAGGCGGACGUGUCCCUGCCGUCCGUGCAGGCCGACGUGAAGACCAGUGACCUCAGCAUUGAGCUGCCGCCCGCCGAGCUGGACGUCAAGGCCGCCGAGGCGGCGGUUAAGCUCCCCGAAGGCCACCUGCCCGAGGUGGAGCUCAAGGAACCGGCGGCGGGCAUCGGACUGAAGGGCCACCUGCCCAAGGUGCACGUGCCCGGCAUCAAGGUGCCCAAGGUGGACCUCAAGGCCCCGCAGGUGGACAUCAAGGGGCCCAAGUUGGAGGUGAAGGGCGCCAAGGGCGAGGUGACGGCCCCCGACCUAGAGGUGUCCCUGCCCAGCGUGGAGGUGGACACCCAGGCACCGGGCGCAAAGCUGGAGGGGGUCCUGGCCCUGGGUGACAAGGAGGUGGCCGGCAAGGAGAACAAGUUCAAAAUGCCCGAGUUCAAGAUUCCAUCGUUCGGCGUGUCGGCGCCAGGCAAGUCCAUCGAGACCGCGGUGGACGUGUCCCUGCCCAAGGCCCAGGCGGACGUGUCCCUGCCGUCCGUGCAGGCCGACGUGAAGACCAGUGACCUCAGCAUUGAGCUGCCGCCCGCCGAGCUGGACGUCAAGGCCGCCGAGGCGGCUGUUAAGCUCCCCGAAGGCCACCUGCCCGAGGUGGAGCUCAAGGAACCGGCGGCGGGCAUCGGACUGAAGGGCCACCUGCCCAAGGUGCACGUGCCCGGCAUCAAGGUGCCCAAGGUGGACCUCAAGGCCCCGCAGGUGGACAUCAAGGGGCCCAAGUUGGAGGUGAAGGGCGCCAAGGGCGAGGUGACGGCCCCCGACCUAGAGGUGUCCCUGCCCAGCGUGGAGGUGGACACCCAGGCACCGGGCGCCAAGCUGGAGGGCGUCCUGGCCCUGGGUGACAAGGAGGUGGGCGCCAAAGACAGCAAGUUCAAAAUGCCCAAGUUCAAGAUGCCAUCGUUCGGCGUGUCGGCGCCAGGCAAGUCCAUCGAGGCCGCGGUGGACGUGUCCCUGCCCAAGGCCCAGGCGGACGUGUCCCUGCCGUCCGUGCAGGCCGACGUGAAGACCAGUGACCUCAGCAUUGAGCUGCCGCCCGCCGAGCUGGACGUCAAGGCCGCCGAGGCGGCGGUUAAGCUCCCCGAAGGCCACCUGCCCGAGGUGGAGCUCAAGGAACCGGCGGCGGGCAUCGGACUGAAGGGCCACCUGCCCAAGGUGCACGUGCCCGGCAUCAAGGUGCCCAAGGUGGACCUCAAGGCCCCGCAGGUGGACAUCAAGGGGCCCAAGUUGGAGGUGAAGGGCGCCAAGGGCGAGGUGACGGCCCCCGACCUAGAGGUGUCCCUGCCCAGCGUGGAGGUGGACACCCAGGCACCGGGCGCCAAGCUGGAGGGCGUCCUGGCCCUGGGUGACAAGGAGGUGGGCGCCAAAGACAGCAAGUUCAAAAUGCCCAAGUUCAAGAUGCCAUCGUUCGGCGUGUCGGCGCCAGGCAAGUCCAUCGAGGCCGCGGUGGACGUGUCCCUGCCCAAGGCCCAGGCGGACGUGUCCCUGCCGUCCGUGCAGGCCGACGUGAAGACCAGUGACCUCAGCAUUGAGCUGCCGCCCGCCGAGCUGGACGUCAAGGCCGCCGAGGCGGCGGUUAAGCUCCCCGAAGGCCACCUGCCCGAGGUGGAGCUCAAGGAACCGGCGGCGGGCAUCGGACUGAAGGGCCACCUGCCCAAGGUGCAUGUGCCCGGCAUCAAGGUGCCCAAGGUGGACCUCAAGGCCCCGCAGGUGGACAUCAAGGGGCCCAAGUUGGAGGUGAAGGGCGCCAAGGGCGAGGUGACGGCCCCCGACCUAGAGGUGUCCCUGCCCAGCGUGGAGGUUGACACCCAGGCACCGGGCGCCAAGCUGGAGGGCGACCUGGCCCUGGGUGACAAGGAGGUGGCCGCCAAGGAGAAAAAGUUCAAAAUGCCCAAGUUCAAGAUGCCAUCGUUCGGCGUGUCGGCGCCAGGCAAGUCCAUCGAGGCCGCGGUGGACGUGUCCCUGCCCAAGGCCCAGGCGGACGUGUCCCUGCCGUCCGUGCAGGCCGACGUGAAGACCAGUGACCUCAGCAUUGAGCUGCCGCCCGCCGAGCUGGACGUCAAGGCCGCCGAGGCGGCGGUUAAGCUCCCCGAAGGCCACCUGCCCGAGGUGGAGCUCAAGGAACCGGCGGCGGGCAUCGGACUGAAGGGCCACCUGCCCAAGGUGCACGUGCCCGGCAUCAAGGUGCCCAAGGUGGACCUCAAGGCCCCGCAGGUGGACAUCAAGGGGCCCAAGUUGGAGGUGAAGGGCGCCAAGGGCGAGGUGACGGCCCCCGACCUAGAGGUGUCCCUGCCCAGCGUGGAGGUGGACACCCAGGCACCGGGCGCCAAGCUGGAGGGCGUCCUGGCCCUGGGUGACAAGGAGGUGGGCGCCAAAGACAGCAAGUUCAAAAUGCCCAAGUUCAAGAUGCCAUCGUUCGGCGUGUCGGCGCCAGGCAAGUCCAUCGAGGCCGCGGUGGACGUGUCCCUGCCCAAGGCCCAGGCGGACGUGUCCCUGCCGUCCGUGCAGGCCGACGUGAAGACCAGUGACCUCAGCAUUGAGCUGCCGCCCGCCGAGCUGGACGUCAAGGCCGCCGAGGCGGCGGUUAAGCUCCCCGAAGGCCACCUGCCCGAGGUGGAGCUCAAGGAACCGGCGGCGGGCAUCGGACUGAAGGGCCACCUGCCCAAGGUGCACGUGCCCGGCAUCAAGGUGCCCAAGGUGGACCUCAAGGCCCCGCAGGUGGACAUCAAGGGGCCCAAGUUGGAGGUGAAGGGCGCCAAGGGCGAGGUGACGGCCCCCGACCUAGAGGUGUCCCUGCCCAGCGUGGAGGUGGACACCCAGGCACCGGGCGCCAAGCUGGAGGGCGUCCUGGCCCUGGGUGACAAGGAGGUGGGCGCCAAAGACAGCAAGUUCAAAAUGCCCAAGUUCAAGAUGCCAUCGUUCGGCGUGUCGGCGCCAGGCAAGUCCAUCGAGGCCGCGGUGGACGUGUCCCUGCCCAAGGCCCAGGCGGACGUGUCCCUGCCGUCCGUGCAGGCCGACGUGAAGACCAGUGACCUCAGCAUUGAGCUGCCGCCCGCCGAGCUGGACGUCAAGGCCGCCGAGGCGGCGGUUAAGCUCCCCGAAGGCCACCUGCCCGAGGUGGAGCUCAAGGAACCGGCGGCGGGCAUCGGACUGAAGGGCCACCUGCCCAAGGUGCAUGUGCCCGGCAUCAAGGUGCCCAAGGUGGACCUCAAGGCCCCGCAGGUGGACAUCAAGGGGCCCAAGUUGGAGGUGAAGGGCGCCAAGGGCGAGGUGACGGCCCCCGACCUAGAGGUGUCCCUGCCCAGCGUGGAGGUUGACACCCAGGCACCGGGCGCCAAGCUGGAGGGCGACCUGGCCCUGGGUGACAAGGAGGUGGCCGCCAAGGAGAAAAAGUUCAAAAUGCCCAAGUUCAAGAUGCCAUCGUUCGGCGUGUCGGCGCCAGGCAAGUCCAUCGAGGCCGCGGUGGACGUGUCCCUGCCCAAGGCCCAGGCGGACGUGUCCCUGCCGUCCGUGCAGGCCGACGUGAAGACCAGUGACCUCAGCAUUGAGCUGCCGCCCGCCGAGCUGGACGUCAAGGCCGCCGAGGCGGCGGUUAAGCUCCCCGAAGGCCACCUGCCCGAGGUGGAGCUCAAGGAACCGGCGGCGGGCAUCGGACUGAAGGGCCACCUGCCCAAGGUGCACGUGCCCGGCAUCAAGGUGCCCAAGGUGGACCUCAAGGCCCCGCAGGUGGACAUCAAGGGGCCCAAGUUGGAGGUGAAGGGCGCCAAGGGCGAGGUGACGGCCCCCGACCUAGAGGUGUCCCUGCCCAGCGUGGAGGUGGACACCCAGGCACCGGGCGCCAAGCUGGAGGGCGUCCUGGCCCUGGGUGACAAGGAGGUGGGCGCCAAAGACAGCAAGUUCAAAAUGCCCAAGUUCAAGAUGCCAUCGUUCGGCGUGUCGGCGCCAGGCAAGUCCAUCGAGGCCGCGGUGGACGUGUCCCUGCCCAAGGCCCAGGCGGACGUGUCCCUGCCGUCCGUGCAGGCCGACGUGAAGACCAGUGACCUCAGCAUUGAGCUGCCGCCCGCCGAGCUGGACGUCAAGGCCGCCGAGGCGGCGGUUAAGCUCCCCGAAGGCCACCUGCCCGAGGUGGAGCUCAAGGAACCGGCGGCGGGCAUCGGACUGAAGGGCCACCUGCCCAAGGUGCACGUGCCCGGCAUCAAGGUGCCCAAGGUGGACCUCAAGGCCCCGCAGGUGGACAUCAAGGGGCCCAAGUUGGAGGUGAAGGGCGCCAAGGGCGAGGUGACGGCCCCCGACCUAGAGGUGUCCCUGCCCAGCGUGGAGGUGGACACCCAGGCCCCGGGCGCCAAGCUGGAGGGCGUCCUGGCCCUGGGUGACAAGGAGGUGGGCGCCAAAGACAGCAAGUUCAAAAUGCCCAAGUUCAAGAUGCCAUCGUUCGGCGUGUCGGCGCCAGGCAAGUCCAUCGAGGCCGCGGUGGACGUGUCCCUGCCCAAGGCCCAGGCGGACGUGUCCCUGCCGUCCGUGCAGGCCGACGUGAAGACCAGUGACCUCAGCACUGAGCUGCCGCCCGCCGAGCUGGACGUCAAGGCCGCCGAGGCGGCGGUUAAGCUCCCCGAAGGCCACCUGCCCGAGGUGGAGCUCAAGGAACCGGCGGCGGGCAUCGGACUGAAGGGCCACCUGCCCAAGGUGCACGUGCCCGGCAUCAAGGUGCCCAAGGUGGACCUCAAGGCCCCGCAGGUGGACAUCAAGGGGCCCAAGUUGGAGGUGAAGGGCGCCAAGGGCGAGGUGACGGCCCCCGACCUAGAGGUGUCCCUGCCCAGCGUGGAGGUGGACACCCAGGCACCGGGCGCCAAGCUGGAGGGCGUCCUGGCCCUGGGUGACAAGGAGGUGGGCGCCAAAGACAGCAAGUUCAAAAUGCCCAAGUUCAAGAUGCCAUCGUUCGGCGUGUCGGCGCCAGGCAAGUCCAUCGAGGCCGCGGUGGACGUGUCCCUGCCCAAGGCCCAGGCGGACGUGUCCCUGCCGUCCGUGCAGGCCGACGUGAAGACCAGUGACCUCAGCAUUGAGCUGCCGCCCGCCGAGCUGGACGUCAAGGCCGCCGAGGCGGCGGUUAAGCUCCCCGAAGGCCACCUGCCCGAGGUGGAGCUCAAGGAACCGGCGGCGGGCAUCGGACUGAAGGGCCACCUGCCCAAGGUGCACGUGCCCGGCAUCAAGGUGCCCAAGGUGGACCUCAAGGCCCCGCAGGUGGACAUCAAGGGGCCCAAGUUGGAGGUGAAGGGCGCCAAGGGCGAGGUGACGGCCCCCGACCUAGAGGUGUCCCUGCCCAGCGUGGAGGUGGACACCCAGGCCCCGGGCGCCAAGCUGGAGGGCGUCCUGGCCCUGGGUGACAAGGAGGUGGGCGCCAAAGACAGCAAGUUCAAAAUGCCCAAGUUCAAGAUGCCAUCGUUCGGCGUGUCGGCGCCAGGCAAGUCCAUCGAGGCCGCGGUGGACGUGUCCCUGCCCAAGGCCCAGGCGGACGUGUCCCUGCCGUCCGUGCAGGCCGACGUGAAGACCAGUGACCUCAGCAUUGAGCUGCCGCCCGCCGAGCUGGACGUCAAGGCCGCCGAGGCGGCGGUUAAGCUCCCCGAAGGCCACCUGCCCGAGGUGGAGCUCAAGGAACCGGCGGCGGGCAUCGGACUGAAGGGCCACCUGCCCAAGGUGCACGUGCCCGGCAUCAAGGUGCCCAAGGUGGACCUCAAGGCCCCGCAGGUGGACAUCAAGGGGCCCAAGUUGGAGGUGAAGGGCGCCAAGGGCGAGGUGACGGCCCCCGACCUAGAGGUGUCCCUGCCCAGCGUGGAGGUGGACACCCAGGCACCGGGCGCCAAGCUGGAGGGCGUCCUGGCCCUGGGUGACAAGGAGGUGGGCGCCAAAGACAGCAAGUUCAAAAUGCCCAAGUUCAAGAUGCCAUCGUUCGGCGUGUCGGCGCCAGGCAAGUCCAUCGAGGCCGCGGUGGACGUGUCCCUGCCCAAGGCCCAGGCGGACGUGUCCCUGCCGUCCGUGCAGGCCGACGUGAAGACCAGUGACCUCAGCAUUGAGCUGCCGCCCGCCGAGCUGGACGUCAAGGCCGCCGAGGCGGCGGUUAAGCUCCCCGAAGGCCACCUGCCCGAGGUGGAGCUCAAGGAACCGGCGGCGGGCAUCGGACUGAAGGGCCACCUGCCCAAGGUGCACGUGCCCGGCAUCAAGGUGCCCAAGGUGGACCUCAAGGCCCCGCAGGUGGACAUCAAGGGGCCCAAGUUGGGGGUGAAGGGCGCCAAGGGCGAGGUGACGGCCCCCGACCUAGAGGUGUCCCUGCCCAGCGUGGAGGUGGACACCCAGGCACCGGGCGCCAAGCUGGAGGGCGUCCUGGCCCUGGGUGACAAGGAGGUGGGCGCCAAAGACAGCAAGUUCAAAAUGCCCAAGUUCAAGAUGCCAUCGUUCGGCGUGUCGGCGCCAGGCAAGUCCAUCGAGGCCGCGGUGGACGUGUCCCUGCCCAAGGCCCAGGCGGACGUGUCCCUGCCGUCCGUGCAGGCCGACGUGAAGACCAGUGACCUCAGCAUUGAGCUGCCGCCCGCCGAGCUGGACGUCAAGGCCGCCGAGGCGGCGGUUAAGCUCCCCGAAGGCCACCUGCCCGAGGUGGAGCUCAAGGAACCGGCGGCGGGCAUCGGACUGAAGGGCCACCUGCCCAAGGUGCACGUGCCCGGCAUCAAGGUGCCCAAGGUGGACCUCAAGGCCCCGCAGGUGGACAUCAAGGGGCCCAAGUUGGAGGUGAAGGGCGCCAAGGGCGAGGUGACGGCCCCCGACCUAGAGGUGUCCCUGCCCAGCGUGGAGGUGGACACCCAGGCCCCGGGCGCCAAGCUGGAGGGCGUCCUGGCCCUGGGUGACAAGGAGGUGGGCGCCAAAGACAGCAAGUUUCACAUUCAUAAAGGCAGUGUUCUGUUUUUUGAGAAGGCUUCUACGAAAGUUUCUGGGAUUUCAGCUGAAGUUGUGGAAAGUGUUGUAGGUAGUGACAUAGUUAGAUUUUCAAGUAAAAUUACCUGUGUCAAAGUCAGUCCUGAUCAUUCUGUUCCCGAAGCUGGUGUUAAUGGCUGUUUACCUGUAGAAAAAAGUGACGGAGAAACCGUAGUCAAGAAAUCCAUCUUGCGAAUCCCUGAUGUCUUCUCUUCUGCGGGGAAAAUCUCUGAGGAGUCUGCAGCAGUUGCGGAUUCUGGAUUCCCCGUGUCCCCGAGCCCAUGUGCUGAGCCUGCAGAGCUGAGUGUCGGGGUGUCCUGUGCUGAGGCUGUGUUCACCAGGGAACCGUCCCUGCCGGCUCCCCGCCCACCCUGCCCGAGUUUCCCUUCAGAGACGCUCCAUCUCAGUCGUGGCCAAGUCGAGUCCCCAACCCGCUCCACCGACGGGGGCGUCACACUCACAAAGUACCAGGUGACCCUCCCCAGAGCUGCAGUCCCUGCCGAGCUCCCUCUGGAACCCGGCUCUGGGUCCCAGCAGGAUGCCUGCUUCCCCAGCACAGACAGUCCUGCUCUCUUGCAGCCCCAGGAUGGAGUUGCACUGUCCCAGACUGAAAGUCCCGUCAGCCCAGCGGAUCCCCUGCUUCCCCCUGCUUACGGCCGUGUGACUUUUCCUAAAUUUCAUCGACCAAAGUUCGGGUUUUCCAUCCCGAAAGCAGCUGGUCGUGAGUUGGAGCCCAGGGCCGUGGAGUUUGUCCCCACCCCGUCCCCUCCCCGCGCUGUGUGGGGACCGGCCUCCGCAGCUGAAGGGGCCCCAGAGCUCGGGUCUCCAGGCUCUCAGCCACCAUGCUCAGGUGUCUCCGUGUCAGGCAGCGCGGACACGGCCGUAUCGGCUGCAGGCGAGGCCAUGGCUGAAGAUGCUGACCGCGAAGGGAAGGGCAGUCCCUUAAAAAUGCUGAAAUUCAAGCUUCCAUCAUUCAGGAGGUCCCCGAAGAAGGGGGCGAGGCCCCUAGGGGAGCCUGGACACAGCCUGGAGGAAGCAAAACUCGGCGUGACGGUGGACACGGGUCCGACGUGUGUGCCACCCGGGCUUCCUGUUGCACCCACCGAGGUGGGCGUGGACGCGCCUCUGGAGAAGGACGUAGGGGAGGGGGCCACGAAGACGCCUGGCUGUGCCCAUGUGGGACCCGCACCUCCCAGGAUGCAGGCUUCAGUGAGAGGGGCUGGCCUGCCCCCAGGAGAUCCAGCUGCUUCAGCCUCCAGGCUCCCGGCAGAAGGUGACUCUCAUGCCUCACAGAAGGCUAGUGGUGAGGGUGGUGCUGGGGACACUGGCACAGUGGUGGACCUUCCAGAAGGAGUGGGCGUGGACCCCCAUCUGCCACAGGUCCAUUCCGCCCAUCUGGGCUUCGCCAGACCUGACCUCAGGCCCAGCGUGGCCAAGGUGGCGACCUCGUCUGCAAGCGGCCCUCUUCCCCGGCACGGCCUACCGCUGGGGGACGGCAGCCAAGGCCCCGGGCCUGGGGACACGUCAGCAAGCCAGCCUCAUGUGGAGGUAGCGGCCCCCUUAGCAGGAGAUCCCCUCUCGCCAUCCUGUGGGACAGCGGAUGCUGCAGCCCUCGUGCGGCAGAGCCCAGAGGAGGGCGCUGUGGCGGGCGUGCCAGGCUCGCAGCGGGGCUGGUUCCGAGCGCCGGCCCUGCGCCUGCCUGGCGUCCAGCGCCCUGCCGAGGCGCGAGGUGGGGAGGGGCUGCCGGGGCCUCCGGUGCAGGCACCUGCUGCCAGUGCUCCCGCGGAGGGCCCGGGGGCUCCUGGCUCCGAGGGGACAGCACCCAUGUCCCUGCAGCCCCCAGAGGCGGGCGCAGAAAGCACGUGUGGCACAGACGUUCUAAAGAGAAACCUUGACAUCAGAGGCUUGGAGCUGCACUGCCCUCCUGCACAGGCGCCUGCAGCUCACCUUUCCACUCCCGAGGUCAGGGUCCGUCCAGGCGAAGGCUGUCUCCCUCUUCACGUGCCCAGUGGGAGACUUUCAGAAACCCAGGCUCCCGCAGGAGAAACAGGCCGGGCUCCUGCUGGGCCACCAGGACUGGACCUUGCCGGUGGGGCAGGGGGAGCCGAGGACCGGUCCUCCCAGCCUGAAGGCCCUGUUAGGCUGAGGGCGUCCAGCACCGGCCUGCCGUCCCAGGUUUCUGUCGUCAACAUGGGUCAGCCCUGGGAAGGCUCUGUGCUAACUGUCAAACUGCCCAGGCUGGACAUGCCGCGGUUCACCUUCCCUGACCCCAGCUCCGAGGCUGACGUGUUCAUCCCCACCGUGAGCGAGGUGCGGUGCCCGGGGAGCAGCCUUGGUGACGCCCUGCGCACGCAAAGCCCGGGAGACUGGGGCGCCAGCAUCCUGAAGGCGGGCGCCGGGGUCCCGGGCGAGCAGCCUGUGGCCCUUGACCUCUCCCCAGAAGAUUCCCCCAUUUCCAAGGUCAGGGUGCACAUUCAGGGUGCUCAGGUAGAGAGCCCAGAGGUCACCGUCCGCAAGGUGACGGCAGAGUUAGAGGACCUCUCAGGACCCGAGGCUUUUUCCACUCAGAUUGUGCGGGAGUCAGAGAUUCCUGCGUCCAAGAUCCAAACAGCUUCUUACGGAUUUUCAUUGCUCAAAGUAAAGAUCCCAGAGCCCCCCAGGCAGGUCAGGGUCCAAGACCCCCGGCCAAGGGAGGGCUCGGGAGAGGCUUCCAAACGAGAUGCCCCGGAAGCAGACCCCGUUUCUGGAGACCUGCAGCCCGACACCGGAGAGCCGUUUGAAGUGAUCAUGUCCAGCACUGGCGUCCCUGAGCGGCCAGCAUUCACCCCUGAACUGUGCCCUGGCCUCCAGGGCGUGGACAGCUGCUCUGACGAGGAGGCUGCGGAAAUUCUCGAUUUUCCUCCGGAAGAAGACAGUGGGGAGGCAGCCGCAUGCCCGGCAGCGGAGGACAGGGCUCUACAAGAGAAACCAGAGGGUAAAAGGUCUUCUGGUCUGUUCCGGUCCUGGCUUCCAAACAUUGGGUUUUCUUCCUCUGGCGAAGAGACAUGCGCAGAUCCCCGAGAGGAAGUCCGCAGGUCGGCUCCCGUCCAGACACAGCCUGGGGUGCCGCCCGAGGCACAGCUACCUAAGAAACAGGAAAAGGCGGGCUGGUUCCGACUUCCCAAGUUAGGGUUCUCGUCCUCUCCUACCAAGAUGAGCAAAAGCCCUGAAGAUGAGGCAGCCCUGGCGGAACAAAAACCCCAAGAAGAAGCCAUCACCUUUUUCGACGCCCGAGAAAGCUUCUCCCCCGAGGACAAGGAGGAGGGGGACCAGGCAGAGGCGGCAGGUGCCGGGCCAGGCACCAGAGCAAUGGUGACACCCGCGGCAAGAACGGAGCUGAUCCUGCUGGAGCAGGACAGAGGGGCCCGGGACGUGCCCGCCCCCGGCCCUGCCACCAAGUGAGGGCGGACAGACGUACAGAUGACGCCAGGAAGCGGGUGCUGGGCCCAAGCUUCCACCCUGACGAUGCGUGUGUCCACCUCGAUUCUGGAACCGAGAACAGAGCAGAAGCGCCUGAGGCCAGCCAGGCUGCCGUCACACAGCCCUCCUACGGUGGGACCCACACUUGCCCGGCUCCCCACGAGUCACCGGGACAUGCUGCUGCUUUGAGAAGGGCUGUGAUGACCGUGGGUGUAGACGUAGGUUGGGUCUUACUCCUGUCCUGCUGUUGCUGCUUCCUGGUGAGUGUAGUUUCCCUAGUUCAGGCAGAGUCUGGUGUCUUCCAGGAAACCCCGUUACCUGCUCACUUAUCAUGAACUCGCACCCUUGUUGGAUGUCUUGCCAAGACAUGCUUUGGGACGCUCUGCGUGACGAUGCACACACCCUGUGGGCAGACUGGUGGGGGCUGGUGGCCACCUGGCGGCCGUGCUCAGUGCAGUUGUGGGCAGGCGCGCCAGCACAGGUGGACCAGACGUCCCUGAGUUCCCGCCAGCCAUCUGUGCCCAUCUGCUUGCUUGCAGUGCCCCCUGCAGCGUGCACAGCCCCAUGCCUGGCCCCAGCCCCUUAUGUACACACUGCCACCAGGCUGCAGGUGACGUCUACUCGGCUGUUCCCAGGAAGGGCAGUAAAGGACAUUCUGCAUC